GCGGAGCUCCACAACAUCAACCGUGUGAGUUUUGUGCCAAGCAGGACUGAGAUCGAAGAGCUCCUGGAUCAGAGUCUUCAAGCUGAAGAGCAGCGCGAAGAAGGCAAUCCGGGGCUGUUGCUCUCAAAGCUCUACAAGAUCAAAGCCUUGUGCCCCGAGUCUCUGAAUCCGGACGACACGAUUCUGGCCAAGUUGGGCCGUGGCUCAAGCCGAGGGGGCAUCGGCGCAGGCGGAAGCAUCGGAGAUCCUGGCAUGCUAACCUUCCUCAACGACACCAAAAUGCCUCUGGGCUCGUCCUCCAACGGCCCCAAUGCCGUGCUGACGAACUGCACCUCCGGAGUGUAUGGGACGAUGGAGAGGCCCAGGAUCAACCUAUUCUAUGAGAGCGAGGAGAAGGUGCAGGCGCUCCUCGUGGAUUUCAUGUCCCUGCGCACGGCGAACGAGGCCUCGCUCUUCAAGAUGUACGUGGCGAAGCUCCAGGAGUUCACCCAUGGGGGCAAGAACGCCUUCAAGCUCGAUCCUGCCAAAGAGGAGCUGUUGGAUCAGGAGCUGCAGACGGACUAUGCCAACACGGUCAGCAUGUUUACGAAAGUCGCAUCUGCCCUCGGGGAAAGUGGGUCCAUCGAAGACUACGGGCUGAAGGUCAACUCCUACUGCCAGACCUGGCUGCGCAACGGUGCCGGCGGGGGAGGCGAAGUGGGGAACGCGCAGUUCAGUGUCAUGAGCCCGCAUUUUCAGACGCGCUUCUUCGUGACGUCUGCGAAGAAGCUGAAUGCUGCCAAG